CAUAUAAAGUAACGCAGUACUGUCACUCUGCCUCUUUGAGUCCAGAACACUGGAAUAGGUGGAGCAGUUAAUAGAAUUAACUAAAAGGCCCAUGAGAUAAAUGAUGCAGAAGUUAUUUGUACUUGCCUUGCUUCUUGGUCAGGUUUAUAUAUCAACAACUGAGAAAGUUGGUAUUUGCAAGCCAGCUCCUGCAUUUGGUCCAUGUGUGAUAACAUGUGGUGCUGACGAAGACUGUGAUGGAAUACACAAAUGUUGUAGUAAUGGAUGCGGUGCAUGGUGUUCAGAACCAACAUGUCCUCUAAAGCAAACUAAAGUAGACUGUCCAGCAAGUCUAUGUAACUAUGUUGGCUGUCCAGGAAAACCUCAGGAAAGUGUUCAAUGUUCCGUGGACUUUUGCAAUCAGUGUAUAGUGAGCUUCCGCAAUGUUACAACUGGUGAUCCUGUCGACUGUGGACCAGUUGAGACACUCUGCCCUCGUAUGCUAUCAUCAACCAAUCAACACCUACUUGGCCAGUACAGACCUAAAUGUGAUAAAUAUGGUGCAUUUGAAAAAAUACAGUGCCAUGAGGGCUACUGCUUCUGUGUUGAUACAAGAUCUGGUGUUCCUGAUAUGUCAACCAGUGUCAGGGGUACACCAAAAUGUCCAGAGAAGACACUGUGCCAGAAGCAAGUAGAUGAAGCUAUGAAGCUGCCUCCUAUUGGUCGCUUUGUCCCACAGUGCAAAUCAGAUGGCAGUUUCCAGGAAAAACGAUACCAUUUAUCUACUGGUCAGUGCUGGUGUGUAGAUUCUUAUGGUAGAGAAUGGUUUGGUACUAGAUCUCACUCACCCACCCUUGACUGUACUGCAUCAGUUUGUCCUUCUGGUGUUACACAGCUAAAGUGUGAUCCUGUGUUAUGCCACACUGCCAAAUGUCCUGGUUAUGAGAAAGCAUCUUGCCGUGUCAAUCCCUGUGGCCAAUGUAAACCAGAAUUCCUCGACCAAUACAACAGACAAAUUAAGUAUGCUACUACAUGUACGACAGACGAAAGGCGUGAAGAAGUUGAUACUUCAUGCUGGACACUGAUAAGGAUCACUGAAGAUUUAUAUAGAUUAGCGACAAAGAAAGUUAUGACAUGA